AAAGACACCGAGAAAGGAAACGAAGCCAGCCUCAUCAGCUACAACCCGAAUUGCAUUUGACCUCCAAAUCUCUCUAUCUCUUAUUCCGGCGACUAUCCGGAUAUCUCACCGGAAUCUGACGCCCGUCGCCGGAUUUUUCAUUGUCCUCUUACUGACGUGAUGUCGAGAGUCUGAUCCUUUCGACUUAUUUCCUCUCGUUCUUUUCCCGAUUCAGUGAAGAGAACGAUGGGUUGUGGUGGAUCGAAGCAGAAAAAAGGUGAAGAGAAUACUAAAAAGCUCCGAAAACCAAAGGCUUGGAAGCAUACUCAACCAAUAACUAGAGCACAGCUCAGACAGAUGCGUGAUGAGUUCUGGGACACAGCCCCUCACUAUGGUGGACAGAAGGAGAUUUGGGAUGCUCUCCGGGCUGCAGCUGAAGCUGAUUUAAACCUGGCGCAAGCAAUAGUUGACAGUGCCGGUGUCAUAGUGACAAGUGCUGACAUGACAACAUGUUAUGAUGAAAGAGGUGCAAAAUAUGAACUGCCCAAGUAUGUUUUGAGUGAGCCCACCAAUUUGAUUCGAGACAGUUGAUGACAACAGAGAAGAACCCUGCCAGUCUUCGAUAAUAAUCAAUGUUGGUGCCAAUGCAAGCAGCCCAGAUGAAUCUAUGUGGCACAUGUGUAUGAGAUCCAGGCUGUUCAUCAGGUGCGGUCCAAGGUGAACAUUCCUCAGCCCAAAAAUCCAGCCAGCACCCGUUUGGUGGGUUAGAAGUGGAGGGGAAAAAAAAGGAUGGCUACAUAGUGAGUAGAAGGAUUAACAGUCUGCAACUAUCAUCCCCAUCACGCCCACUUGAUGAGUGGCGUUAAUUUCAGUUUAGGACUCAUCCACUGCAUAUGCCUGAUGAACAUCCCAGAUCUUGUACACGUGUGCCAUGAUCCAUGUGUGGGGCUUGUAUUCAGCGCAUUCAUUUGUAUGCUUCAAAUAGCAUUUCCCUGUAUUCAUUGAGAAGCACUUGCUUACCUUUAUGGCACCAAAAGCCUAGCAAUGGUGGUGCAAUAUAAUCUCCAAUAGUUGUAUUUGGGAAUGGUCCAUGAAACAUGAUUGCAUCUAUGGUGCUUAUAAAAGUGGCUUGUGCCUUUUCAUCGUU